AUGCAACUCACCAACUUCACACUCCCGCUCGGCUUGGGCUUGAUGCUCUCAAACGCAGGAUCUAGAAUUGCGUCCUUAAAACAGAGCUUCCUCGGUUCUUCCAACAUCAGCAGCACCGCUCCAGCAACAAUGGCAUACACCCUGCCACAGCUCCCAUACAGCUACGAUGCCCUCGAGCCGCACUUCGACGCAGAGACCAUGGAGAUCCACCACUCAAAGCACCACAACACCUACGUGACCAAUCUCAACGCCGCGCUCCAAGGCGAUGAGCUAAGUACUCUCGCCGUCGACGAUGUGAUCACCAAGCUCGACCAAGUCCCAGCAGACAAGCGCACCGCCGUUCGCAACCACGGAGGGGGCCACGCAAACCACAGCUUCUUCUGGAAGAACCUCAAGCUCGGCACUGCUCUCUCCGGUUCCCUCAAAGACGCAAUUGAGAAUGAGUUCGGCAGCUUCGAGGCUUUCCAGAAGGAGUUCGAAGCCGCCGCCACCAAAGUCUUUGGGUCCGGGUGGGCGUGGUUGGUUUUGAAGGAUGAGGGAAGUUUGAAGGUCGUCACGACUGCCAACCAGGACAGCCCGUUGAUGGGCGAAGACGUAGUCGGCGCUGCGUCGACGGGCUUCCCGAUCUUGGGGUUGGAUGUUUGGGAGCAUGCUUACUACCUGAAGUAUCGCAAUUCGCGGCCGAGCUACAUUAAGGCGUUCUGGAGUGUGGUCAAUUGGGAUGAAGCCAGCGCCAGGUAUGCGCAGAUGGUGAAGGCGUGA